CAGCCCUCUGCUGCUGAGCUCUGCACCAUCGCCAGCGCCCAGCACCGAUGCCAGCCUGCACCAGGCACUCAUGGUGAAGACCACAGCCGAUCCCCUGGAUGAGACCGAUCCCCCCGAUCCCGACCUGCUGCUGAGCUCUGCACCAUCACCAGCACCCGGUACCAACGCCAGCCUGCACCGGGCACUCGCGGUGCCGACCACAGCCAAUUCCCUGGAUGAGACCGAUUCCCCCGAUCCCGACCUGCUGGUGGGCACUACGCUGCCGACGGAGCCCGGCACACCGGCAGCACCUCAAAAGAGCAUCAGCACCAUCCCCAGCCGGCUCACAUCACCGGGCAAGGAGGGGACAGUGGCCGGUGGCACGGACAGCAGCUCCUCCGUGGGGCCACACUCAGCAACCCCCCCAGCCCACGGCCCCACCACCACAGGUUACAAGAAAGUAAAGAAAGCCGGAGCCCCCCCCAACCCGACUCAUUCGGCCCCUUGGGACACGAACCCCGGGGGGACUGCGGUGCCGCUCCCCUGGGACCCCAGCAGCAUGAUGGGCAAGUGCCUGCUGGGCAUCCUACUGCUGGCCCUGGUGGCCGCCACCUUCAUGGUGUGCACAGGGGUGCUGGGCACCCUGCUCUGGCGGCGGGACCCUCCCAGCAUCGCGCUGGUGUUGGGGCGCAGCCGGUUUCGGCUCCAGCCCCACGGGGUCCACAUGGACCCCCCAGAGCCUGGCAGCCGGCCUGGCCGUGCUCCGGGGUGA